UGGCGGAGAAGUUGAGCAUCCUUGCUUUAACGUCUAAACCAUUCUAGUUUUACAAAACUUACUCAGUACUGCGUUAUUUUAUACUUUCCCCCUGCAAUACUGUGCAACCUUCAAGAUGUUUGCCAAGUUUAUGAACAAGAAGGAUUUCCACCCAGGCUCUAAGGCUAACAUCAAAAGGGUAAUUUUGAGACCUGCUCAGUAAACUUAAACAUGCGCAUUAUUCUUUCUUUUCCCUUAAACGCACAAUCUUUUUCAUCUUAAGCACACAAACACGUUUCAUAGUGCCCCUACUACCGCCAGGAUCAUUAAGACAUGAGUAACCAAUCACGGAAGUUGUUGGAAACGAACAAUGAUUCGAACUUAUGAUCAAUUAAACUGUUCCAAACAGUGUUAAAUUUAGUAACAAGGCAAGCAAAGAUGACGAAGGGUGAAGGUGGUAUUCAUUGCUCGUUUUCUGUAUUCAGAUUGGUCAAUUUCUUGUAAGUGACUUCAACAAUGAUAGUUGCUUUUUGUCAAAAUUAUUUCUGAUUUUUUUUUCUUAAUUGCACACUGUUAGAAAUAUAUAUUAGACUUGACUUGGGAUCCUUUCAUAAUUAUCUAAUUGUUCAGAAAUUUCACUUAUUGCAAUUGCUUUGGGUAGUUUGUAAUAGUUAUGGAUGGCAGAACAAAAAUUGCUCGCUCCUGAGCAGAAAGAAAAAGAACUAGCUAUAGAGCUCCAGUAUAAAAAGGAACACAUCGCAACUGAUUUGGGUACCUUUGUAAUAGGUAUGGAUGGCAGAGCAAAAACUGCUUGCUUCCCAGCAGAAAGAAAAAGAACUAGAGCUCCAAUAUAAUAAGGAACAAGAAAGAUUCAAGAACAGGUACAAAGUUUAAUUAGAAAAUAUAAAUUACUAGAUACCUAUCAGAAAUUUUGUUGAAUGUUUUAAAUCUGGCAUAAAUAACAAUGUGUUGCUGUAGCUAAAGAAAACAUGGAAAGUCUGAUGAUUACUGCUACUGUAGUUGUGGCAAUGUUAGUCACUGUUUCCUACCACCGUCCUUCCUCGGACUACGCUCACCCAGUCAAUCAGACCACACAAUUACUAGUGAGUGUUUCUUCUGGGUUCUAAUAAUUUAUAGCAAAAUCUUCUUAGAAAGCAAUCCACUUUACUUGCAUCUUUAAAGGGUCACUAAUCUAUUGAAAUACCUUUUGAUUUGUCUGUGGUUUCACAAUCAUAUACAAGAUUGUUGCUAAUCACCAGCUGCUGGCAAAAAUUUGCAGGAUGAAAAAGCAGCAAUCACAAGCUGGAUUUUGUGCUGGUGAUUCCUUGGUAAUGCAAAAUGAACAGAUUUGAUGUUAUGCACUUAAAAUCAUUUGAUAUCUUUGAGCCACCUCACUUCAAAUUUCAGCCAGCAGUGUGAAAUCUUAGCUACAACCCUGAAUAUGAGCAGAUGAAAUUUAACACCCCACUGUCUAAAUUGAUAACUUCUCUCUUUCACCAGGCAAGCCAUCAGUAAUGAUGAAAGAAUCAAGUCUGGCUUAGAUUUCUUAUAUGAUGCUCCUCCUGGUUUCAACAAAGGUUACUGUUUUGAUUGUAGAGUGAAGUCGAGAUUUAGCAUUCUUAAGAAAAGAGACUGAAGUUUAAAACUAGCUUCUUGUACUAUGUGAGUGUGGGACAUUCUACAAUAUUGUGCAUUUAAUCAAAAUAAAAUAAAAAAAAGAAUUAUACACAUAAAGGAAUGCUUUAGAACACCACAAAUAAAAUUAGAAAAAAUUAAUAGGGUUCUAGUGUUUGAAUAUCUUUGGCAAAUUAUUUGUUUUUAAAUCAGUUUGAAUUUUGUUCCCAUUUAUGUUGUAAUCAUUGUCAUAUUUUAAAUCAAAACAAUAUUUGAACCACAACUUGUUUAUUUGAACAAAUGCACUCAUGGAUGCCUCUCUUUUUAUUUGUUUGUUUCUUUUUGCACAUGAAUCAAAUGCUGCUGCUGUGAUCACUCAUUUUAGAUCAGAAGGUAAGCUUGAGUGUUGCACAUUAGGUAAUGAACAUGACAGGUGUACAUGUUAAAUACUGCAACAUGUUCAUGUAAAGUAAACUUCUUAACAAGAAAAGAAUUUGAUACAUGUAGUCAAUAAAUUUAAACCCUGUUAUAUUGUACAGUAAUGGUACCAGAGAUCUUUACCAGUACUGAAAUCUGCAGUCAGGAAUCUCACUAUUGGAGAAAGAAUUUUGGGAAUGGCAUUUACACUUUUAAAAUGCAUUGUUAUCCUACUAUAAUUAAACAGAUCACACAGCUAAUUGUUUUCUUAGAGGUAUUAAGUGAUUUUUUUGUCUUUUUUUAAAGGUACCAGAAGAGGAAGAGGGAGCGGUGAAAUUUGAAUGGCAGCGUGGAGCCCCAAGAGAGGCGUAUGUACCCUAAUGACCUAAAGAUAGAAGAAGACAUACAGCUCUAAAGUUGCUAAAUUUCUUCACUGCAAAACCUUUUUCCUUUUUUUUUUUUAUUACAGGUAUGCCAAGAGUUUGGGCAUUGAAGCUCGGGAUCAGCCCUUUGGGAUCGCUGUAAGCCUGUCAUGAUCUUGAUCCUUUCUUGUUCUCUCAUAUAUGUGCUGUUUUGGUACAAAUUUCAUCCUCUUGUCACAAGUGUGGGAAAAUGAGAAAAUUCCAUGAAGAAUCAACCCUCAGACCUUUAGAUUCCACUCUCCCAUGCUCUACCACUGAGCCACAGAGACCCUAUGGUGAGCAAGGCACACGUCCAGCAUAACGCUAGGAUCAGCUAUGUCAACCCAUGAGGACUCAGAUUAUUUUCUUUGUCCCAUGCUCGUGACAAGACAAGAUGAAAAAAAACAUCUUUCUCUAUUUCUUUACCAAGCUCAAAAUUUACCAUUUUUCUUAUUCUUAACAAAUUUUAUCCUUUAGUUCUAAUUCUGUAAAGUACACACGUAUCUAUGGCUCACGUUUAUUCCUUAAUCUGGUGUAGGUUCGCAAUGUCAAGUGCAUUAAAUGUGGGAAGUGGGGUCACAUCAACACAGACAGAGAGGUAGGUUAGUGGGGCAUCAUACUCUAACGUUCGUUAUUUUCUUCUAUCUUAUCUCCUUUGAUCUGAUCUCAGCAUAUGUGUUACUUGAAUGUAUAAUUAUUUAUGAAGGGGAUAUCUGUUUGUAGUUAGAAAGAAAAUGACUCCUAGGACUUUGCUCGUGUGACUGUGAUGUUUGAUUGGGGUGUCUGUGAGGUGCGACAUGUGCCAAGCGCGGAUCUGGAGUGUGCUCUUCACGUGCUUAAGUCACAAUUUAUGCUUAACAUAAUAGUUUAUCUCCCUUCCAUAUUUCAUAAAUUUGUUUGUAUAUAAAUUAUGAGAAUUUGUGGAUACGUGUUAAUGAAGAUAACACCUUUUAGUUGAUGAGGGUUGAUUGUUAUCAUUUGUUUGCAAGGAAAUUUAUCGAUACUACAAGGCGAGGUUGCAUGGUUAUCCCUUCAGGAGAUUGAUUAGGAGAAAUCUCUUAUUAUUAUUUUUAUACCCAGUCACAAUGCGAUGGGUGUAAUUUUAAAAUCGUGCCUUGUUUUGCUUUUUCUAGUGCCCGCUGUUCAACAAAAGUAAAAAUGCCAAUGUUGAUCCAAGUCUUAUCACAGGUUUGAAGAUUUCUGUAUUCACUUAACGCGUUGCCGUGUAGUACAAACGUUCCCUACAUUAGAGGAAAAAACCCUUCACACAUACCAUCGAUAGUCUUUUACGCUGCGCCCGUUGCCACACAAUACGUCACAUCAUGCUGCCCUUUGAACACAAUGAGGUCGUGUACAACAGCGUCAGCCGGCUCAAAAACGGACAGCGUUCAAAAUUCAUGCCCCAGUUCUUCAAACUGAGCAUUGCUAAGUAUCGCUGUCAUGUGUAUUUCAAUGGCGGCUUAGUACCUGACGCCUAUUUACACCUCGUCAGAAAAAAGGGCAGCUAAUUAGUAAGCAAUUACAAAAAGACCUCUCGUUGCAGCGAUUAGAUCGCCCCUGAUGAAAGCACUAGACAGGAGUGUCGAAACGUUAAGUCUAUGAAUUGUGACUUCUCGGUUACAUUCAUUAAAUCUUUAAACCAGAGUAGCAUCAAACCAUGUCUGAUUGUCCACCUGGUUGCCUUGUGAACUUUAAUAUAUCUAAAGAGCGGGCACAGUUUCUCGUUUACGUCAAUGCCCGAACGCAAAGAAGAAAAAAAUCAUUAUCGUUGUCUGGCAUCAGGAUUGAGUCAGGCCUUGUGUUACGUCGCUUUUCUGCAAAAUUAAUGUGAAAGCGUAUCACUAUGUUGUUUGACGAAUAGAUAAACAUAGUCUAGUUCAUGAAAAGCAUAGAGGGACAUUUUUCUUCGGAAUCAGACAACUUUCUAACCUUUUUGUUGGAUACCUUUUCUUACAGACAUUGCAGACCCCAUGAGGCUUUUAAAGGACAUGCAAUCUGAAGGCCUAACAUUGAAACAAAAUGUGUUAGGACGUGUCUUUGAUCCAAGUGACCCAAAUCAGGUGAGGAAUACUUUCCAAUCUAAGAACCAUUUCGUUUUUGUUUGCAGAGUGCCUGAAAUCUUAAUAACUGAUAACUGAAAGCAGAACAAAGAUGAUAUCGUUUUGAUAGGUUCCCUAACAGCAAACUAUCGUUUUUUGACUUUCAUUAUCCUUUCAGACACUUAAACUUUUCUUGUUUACCGCCAUUUUGGCGGGUGGUCGCGGGCUGGCACUUGUCGCGCGAAGAAUACCGCUUACAAUUGACAGACCGAAUUCGUUCUUGGCAACAGCGGUUGUAGUUAAGAGUGAUCCCUUUAAUGAGAUAUUUUGUCUGUUUUUGCAGCAAAUUGUGGCAUCUGAUGACGAGGGUGAAGACGACGCAGAAGCCGCUUUCUUAGCUUCUCUAACGGAGAAACAAAAGAAGAAAUUACUGAGGUUUGACUUCAUUUGUAGAAUUCUCUUAUUUCGCCUUUUCUUUCUACGAAGCUUAAUGGGAGGGGCAUGCACAAUCUUGAACAUCUCGACAGAAAAAAACAAAAAGAAAAACAGAACAGAACAGAACAGAACAGAACAGAACAGAACAGAACAGAACAGAACAGAACAGAACAGAACAGAACAGAACAGAACAGAACAGAACAGAACAGAACAGAACAGAACAGAACAGAACAGAACAGAACAGAACAGAACAGAACAGAACAGAACAGAACAGAACAGAACAGAACAGAACAGAACAGAACAGAACAGAACAGAACAGAACAGAACAGAACAGAACAGAACAGAACAGAACAGAACAGAACAGAACAGAACAGAACAGAACAGAACAGAACAGAACAGAACAGAACAGAACAGAACAGAACAGAACAGAACAGACAGAAACAGAACAGAACAGAACAGAACAGAACAGAACAGAACAGAACAGAACAGAACAGAACAGAACAGAAACAGAACAGAACAGAACAGAACAGAACAGAACAGAACAGAACAGAACAGAACAGAACAGAACAGAACAGAACAGAACAGAACAGAACAGAACAGAACAGAACAGAACAGAACAGAACAGAACAGAACAGAACAGAACAGAACAGAACAGAACAGAACAGAACAGAACAGAACAGAACAGAACAGAACAGAACAGAACAGAACAGAACAGAACAGAACAGAACAGAACAGAACAGAACAGAACAGAACAGAACAGAACAGAACAGAACAGAACAGAACAGAACAGAACAGAACAGAACAGAACGAAAACCAAGAGAUUUUGCCAAUGUUUAUCGCGCCUCGUAUUCUAGAAUGGAAUUCGUUCUACUUCUCACGCUUGUCAAAUGUAAUUUGAGGUGAAAGACGAAAUCUCAGCUUUCCUUACUCUAAUAUUGCUAAAAAAUUUAUGUGAUUCUGUUUUCGUACAGAAAAUUGGAUAGACUUGAACGGGAGGAAAUGGAGGCACAAAGUGGCCAUAAAAAACGUAAAAAGAAGAAGAAGAGGAAGAGGAAACGAAAUUCUUCAUCUGACAGCGAGGAAGAGUUAAGUAAGCAGAGCAAAAUGGGAUAUCAUUCCGAAAGUGAUUCCUCUGACGCCGUAGAAAGAAAAGCGGGUAAGAAAUCAAAGAAUGAUGAAAAAAGGAGAAAGACGAGAGAAUCAGCAGAAAGGGAUUUAGGCGAAAAGGACAGAAAGAGGAAAAAUUCAGACACAGAUAAACAUCACGGGGAUAAACACAGGCGGUCCAGAGAUGCAGAAAAAGACAUCCACGAUCGCAGAGAUUCAAACAGACGCUUAGACGAUAUUAAGGCACACAGACACUCCAAGGAAAGUGUAGCAGAUGAGCAGAGACAUCAUGAUAGUCACAGACAUUCGAGAGAUCAUAAAACGGACAGGCGUCAUAGUGAGACAAGGAGACAUUCGAGAGACAACACGACAGCUAGGCAUUCUAGGGAUGAAAGAAAUUAGACAAGCCUUCAAUUAAAAUAGGCCUCUUAUAAAGGGAAAGAUAGCGCACAGAAGGGACACCAGUGUUUUCUCGGGUGAAUCCAGGCGCGAAUCGGAACGAAUUUAGAGUUUAUUUGUACUGUCACACUAACGCAAUUGAAAAACAGUAUUCAUCAGGAAAUUUUGUUGUGUCAUGUACAAGAGCAAAUGUUUCUCACACACAAGUUGUCACAGAACUCCACGUAUCGACCAGACUGGAAUAUUCUUCGAAAUCGUAUGGUACCAACUGUGUUUUCAUCUGAUGAAGCGGGGCGUUUUAAAAUUAAAGUGAGUAGUUUAUUGUUUAAUAUACCAAAUAUCUCCUUCCUGAUUAGCUAAUAACGAAUAGACUGCAUAACCGAAUUUAUUACGUACACUUGAAAUUUAAGUUCAAAUUUUAACAAUCAGUUAUUCAAUAACCGACUGAUAUGCAAUUCAUCUGUCACAGACGUUGUGAAUAACUGGUUCGAAUAAAUCGUGCGAGUAUUUUUCCAAACCAUUAUAAAUUUUUGUAAUUAAGUCUUAAUGAGUCACUUUUUGAGAACGUUCAUGAUAAAUCACGGAAAGCAUGAGAAGUUCACGCGUAUGCAUAGACCCACCCGGUAAUAUCGGCCAUUAUUGAAAGGGAAUAAGUUUAUUUCUAUUUCGUGAAGAGAAAAUAUUGCCUAGGAAGAGAUUUCGAGCAGCAGCGGAACACUUUCUUCUACAUGCAAGGCAUGAGUUUCAAUGUUUUUUUUCAGUUAUCUAAGCGGCUGAGCUCGGAGAGGCGAAACCCAAACGCGAGAGCGCUCGCAGGCUCAACACACUUUAAGGGGUUCCGUAGGCAACGGUAGACUGCUGAUCACUAGCUUUUAUUGAAACUGCUGAGAGUUUUAAUUGCUAAACAUUACAUAUCGGAAAUCAGGUUACUUUGCAAUUUUUUUCAUCAAUGGGUAGACACCUGAAAGAGCGGACUGCAAAUGGAAAGGAAAUUUUGAAGCAGGCCAAGCACGAAGCUAUGAGUCGAUCUAGAGGGUCAUCGUAGCAAAGAUUCAUUAGUAUUGCUCUUACGAGCGGCAAACCGUGCGAGAUUUAAGCUGCCGAGCGUGCGAAAGUCCCGUGUAAUGCAGAAAAAGACCGUUUGGUAUAGCCGGGUUCAUUUUCAAAGCUUUACGUAAUUUUCAUGUAGCAUUCGGUUAUUAAUUCAAGCCUCUCAAGCCUUUCUCUCAACGUUCCACCAAGUUAUGUUAUUUAAAUUUCGAUAAACUGCGGAAAAUUCUAUCUACAAAUUUUGUAUUUCUCCUAACAAGCGUCAUACCCGUUUCAUUACACUGAGAAAUCAAAACACCCCUUUUUUUUCGUGGCGAUAUAUUUUGUAGUAACGUCGGAGAAAUUUGAUUUUGAUAUGUUCAAUUUUUUGUCUUAAUUUAUUACCAUUUACCAGUGUUUGAAACCGCCAUGAACUAAGUUUUUUAACCCACAAAAUCUUGAUAUGCAAACAUUUGUCCUUUUAAUCUAAUUAGUAAAAAAGGAAUAAUUCAUUCGUUCAAGCCAGCUGUCGAUGAAAGGAUCAUUUUGUUCGAUUGCCCGCAGUUGGAGAACUCGCCAAUGAAAAGAGUGCUUUUACCAUAUGGGGAAUUGAUUGAUACUUAACUAAGAAAGAAAAAAACGAAGCUCUUUUUAUGGGAAUCAAAUAUUGAUGCUGCCACACCCUUUGAGAAAUCAAACAGAGUUGAACACUUGUUGUCUCACACUAGAGCUGUUCAGCAAUUUUUUACCAUGAGGGAAAUCGUGCAUUUACAGGCCGGCCAAUGUGGAAAUCAAAUUGGUGCAAAG